CUGAAAGUGAGUAUGUGAUAUGAAGAUAACAUGAGGGUGAUCUGAUGGCAGCGUGUCUCUCAGCCAGGCGCGCGGGACGGUGACGCUGCUGCGGGCGGCGGCAGCACGGCAGGGCCAGCAGGGGCCACAGGAGGUCAGUGUGGCUCAGACAGUGGCAAAGGAGGGUUGCGCGUCCGCCUCCCAAGUUCCCAUGUCGCGAUCCAGGCGGCCCUGUACGCCCCGACACGCCCACCGCCCACGCCUCCACCCACCUCCUAGCGCCCCUCAACGCCCCCCGAGCCCUGAUGUGAGCGAGGCGGCGAGUUCGAGGCAGGAAGUCCCCCGAGGAAAAGUUUGGGCGGCGUAGCAAGGCGUCAGUGGCAAGUUACGGGAAGCAGGUGAGGUGCUGUGUAUGGUGAAGGCAGCGCCCCGGUGUGGCCAGGAGGGCUGACGAGGAGACGAGGAGACAGACAAACAGAAGACCUCUCACCUGUCUUGCCUAUCACCGACACACCAAGACCUCGUAUACCCUCAGCUAUCAGUCCUACCAAGCCUGCAUCAGCCCCACAAAGCCUGCUGUAAGCCUGGAUAAGUGCUUCAAGCCGGGUCAAGCCAUCUCUCUCAGUCUACCAAGCUCCAUGAUGCGUGUUGAAUUCUGUCUAUCAUAAGGCUGAAGACAGACUGGUGGCGACAGGAGAAGGUUGUGGAAUAAGAUACUGGAGGUGAAUUGGACAGGUAGAGAGGUAGACAGAGCUGUUGGGGUCUUCAGAAAAGCAAAAUUUUGUUGUUUUCUGUUCUGUUUAAAAGGAGAAUUUGUGACUGUAGGUGGAACACGGGGGAGGAAUCGCUCACUCCUUCACCGCCUUCUGCAGGAAAAUAUAUAUGAUUUGAAGGAUGUGCAGCGGCUGAGUGUUGCUGAUUCUUCCCGUGAUUCCCAAUUUGACGUACUGAGAGACACGGAGAAGUGAAGAAAGGUGGUGCUGCAAGGCUUCAUAAGUGUCUUCAGCAUCUCUAUUUCUGAUUUCUCAAAGUGGAAGAGGAAAUCACCGCAGCAGAACCAGUGAAUAUAUUUUUUUUCUUUCUUUUUCUUCUGCCAUGUUGAAAAGUCAUGAGCCAAGCCAAGAAUCGCCCCGGGUUUUUUCUUUUAAUAUAACUUUGUGACGGAAACAUUACUAAUUGACUGCACCGCGAAACAAGACGGAUAUUUCCUUCCCCUUAGCCUAAAGGUCACGCGCGUGUGUGUGUGUGUGAGUGUGUGUGUGUGUCUUCAUACUUUCUCGUCUCUCUCUCUUGCCGGAUUGACUCGCAAGAACUAGUGGCGAAAUAAGAAAAUCUGUGUUUCCUUCCCAGAUUCUGAGUAUACAAGACUCUCUCUCUCUCUCUCUCUCUCUCUCUCUCUCUCUCUCUCUCUCUCUCUCUCUCUCUCUCUCUCUCUCUCUCUCUCUGGCGUAUUGACAAGUAUUGAAGACACGCAGACGAAGAUGAGAGGUGCAAAGGAACACUAAAAGGAGAAACAGCAAGAAAAACAAGAAAAGAAGGAGAAAGAGAAGGAACAGGUGGAGGAGGAGGAGGAGAAGGUGGAGAGAGUGGAAAGAGGACAUUUAUCUCCCCGCUAUGCUGUCUUAUCUACACACGGAUGACAACCACUUCGCAGAGAGCACCGCCACCAUCACCACCACCGCCACCACUACCACCACCACCAUCACCUGGAUUUCCUAAAUGACUUCCCGGAGAGGCGAUCUUCCAAGGGCCCCGCCGCAGCUUUGAGGACUCCUUCCCUGCUCUCCAACGACCCGCCAUGUGGUCGUCAGCCUCCACUAGUCGUUGUUGUCGUUGUUAUUGCUGUCGUCUCCCAGUAUGUGCUGAAAGAAAGGUGUUUUGUACCUGGGUUGUCUGGAGGUCUACCUGAGGAGUCUAACUGGUUACCUUUAUACACCUGAGAUACCUGUACAUACCUUACCACACCUGUAUAAAUAUCAAAACAUACAUAUAUACGUACACACAUACCUACCUACUUACACACACACACACACACACACACACACACACACACACACACACACACACACACACACACACACACACACACACACACCUACACACACACACACUACAUGGCCACAAGUCUUCUGUAUUAAGUGAAGAGACUUGAGUUGUUAGUAUUGAGCCGAGAACCCACCUGUCCCUGUUCCCAUCACCCCUUUUCCUUCCCUGGACCCCUGAGCCGUGCCCUUAAGCCCCCCAGAACACCCACCGAGCCUUGCCGAGUGACUACAGUACGCCAGUGUUACCAAGUUAGUGCACGAGACACGCUGAAGAAAAAGAAAAAACUGGUACCAGAAAAAAAUAGACUGAGGAGAGAAAACUACAUCAUAAUAACAUAAAUAAAUACAGAGAGGUGGAAAAUUACAAAAUCUGAAGAAAGAGAGAGAGACAAAAAUCAAACAGAAAAAAAUAGACGAAAAAAAGAAAAUUACCCAAAAAAGGACAAAGAACAGCAGAAAAUAAUAAAAAUAACGAAACAUCACAACACAAACAAUGCCGGAGAGUAACCUACCCUCACGUAACCUCACAUCCCUUUGACCUCUGACCUCUACGCGAUGCCGGGGACUGAGGCAGCGGUGGGGGAGGGGAGCGCUGGAUCUGGCCUAACCUUCGCGGCUGUGGAAGGAUGGCUGGACGCUCACCCAGAACUUGCUGCCGAUUACUUCGUGAGAAAAGCCGAACUGAGCUCUGUCAACAAGUGGCUGGUGGCUCACGGGUUCCUCACGGUCACCCAAGGCUCCUCCAGUCGCCGGGGGUCCGCAAGCCUCACUGGAAGCCCUUGUAACAGCCCGUCCUCGCCCAUUGACAGGCUGGAAUCGCCCUUCGCCGGAGAUGACGACCUCUCAGCCCGCCGCGCGAACUCCAAGCGGUACCUUCGCCACAACUUCGCCAAAUCAAAGAGCAAGUCUGUGUUUAGGACCUACGAGCCCUCGGCGGCGUCUGCGGCAGCGGAGGCCCGGCGCAGCAGCUUCAGGGCAAUGAGAAAGUACAGCUCACUCCCUCCUUCCUCAAACUACAUGCUGUGUCUCCUGAUUGAGUCGAAGGUCCGCUUACCGCGCUUCGAGUCCACGACCUUGGACCACAAGAAGAAGCUGAGAUCCACGGACGAAAAGGACUUCUUCUUGGAUAUUGUGAAGGACAUCGCCAACGACCUCGACCUCAAGAGCCUGACGCACAAGAUUAUAGUGAAUUUAAGGCUCCUCAUGGGUGCUGACGGGGCCUCCCUCUUCCUCGUGCAGAACACCAGCUCGGGGAAAAAGGUUCUGGUGUCGAAGGUGUUCGACGUUCACAGUGGCACCAACAUCUACCCAGCCACCACGGAGGACAACGCAAUGGAGGUCCCCUGGGGUAAAGGCAUCCUGGGCCACGUGGCGGAGACUGGGGACACAGUAAACCUGACCUCAGCAUACCAGGACUCACGAUACAACGAUGAAGUAGACAAGAUUACCGGGUACCGAACUGACUCGCUCCUGUGCAUGCCUGUCAAGAACUGCUUCGACGAGAUCAUCGCAGUGGCACAGGUGGUGAACAAGAACGUGCAUUUCGACCAGAUCUCCUUCAGCAUCAAGGACGAGAAGAUGUUCCAGACGUACCUUCAGUUCGUGGGCAUUGCUAUCACGAAUGCCCAGCUCAUGGAGACUUCACAAGCGGAGUAUGAGAGAAACAGGAGCCUGCUGGAGGUGGUGCACGACCUAUUCGAGGAGCAGACAUCGCUGGAGAACGUGGUACUGAAGACACUGCAGAGGGCACAGCGACUCCUGAAGUGUGAGCGUGCUGCUGUGAUGCUUCUGGAGGACGGCAGCGAGGAGGGAGAGCACCCAGGAGGAGGAGUAGUAGGAGGAACAGGAGGAGUAGGAGUGAGAGGAGCAAGGAGUGAAGCAGGGGAGGAAGGCCCGGGGUGGGUGGUGGUGAGGCGUGAGGCGGACACCACCCUCUCCCCUCCCUACGCCACAGUCAACAAGAUCACCACUCAAGCCUCUACACGCGCCAGCAGACCCAAAGACACCAGGACCCACCCGCCAUCACCACCACCACCACCUCUGUCACCACCGCCACUACUGCUGCUGCAACCACCGGCGCCUCCCCCGCUGCUGCCGCCUCCACCACCGCCUCUCCCAUCCAAAGUGCCAAAUGAUGCCAAGAGCGUGUCAACAGGGGGGCGCCAGGCUGCGGCAGGGCUGCUGGAACCUUCGUCAGCAGGCAAGAAGCAGAAUGUCAAGUUUUCCAAGAUAUUCGAGCUGAACUGUCCUGUGACUGGCCUAGGUGCUGAUAAUGCCAAGCAGGUGGGAUCAAGUGAGAUGGCCAAGCACCUCCUGCACCUGGCCGAACAAGUUGCCUCGACAGGGGAGAACCUAAACAUUGCUGAGUGUCUUGAGGUGGAAAAGGGCAGUGCUGGUAAUGUCCGGUCUAUGUUGGCAAUGCCCAUAAGGAACAGGAACUUCCAGAUUAUUGGUGUUGCCAAGAUCAUAAACAAACUCAAUGGGCAGCCCUUCGAUGAGAAUGAUGAGCAGCUUUUUGAGGCUUUCACCAUCUUCUGUGGCCUGGGCAUCAACAACACACUCAUGUACAACGAACUGGAGAAGGCCAUGGCCAGGCAGAAGGUGGCCAUUGAGGUGUUGUCAUACCAUGCCACGGCUUCUGCUGACGAAGUGGUUUGUCUCCAGCGUGAGGUCAUUCCAGACGCCAGCAAGUGGAAUCUUGGUUCGUUGACCUUUGAUGACUUCUCACUGACCCAGGAUCAGAUGGUGCUUGCUGCUGUCAGGAUGUUCACUGACCUCAGGCUGACUUCCAAGUUCAAGAUUGAGUACAAGACUCUGCUGCGCUGGCUCAUUACCGUCAAGAGGAACUAUCGCAACGUCACCUACCACAACUGGAGACACGCCUUCAAUGUCGCCCACAACAUGUUCGCCAUCAUGAAGACGUGCAAUGUGAUGUCCAGCUUUGAGGAAGUGGAGUGUCUGGCGAUGUUUGUCGGGUGUCUAUGCCACGACCUGGACCACCGUGGCACCAACAAUUCAUUCCAGGAGAAGACUGGCUCAGCACUGGCACUGCUGUAUGGCACUCAGAACACAAUGGAGCAGCACCACUUCAACCACGCAGUGAUGAUCCUCAACUCAGAGGGACACAACAUCUUCAGCAAUUUGCCUUCAGAGCAAUACUCAAGAGUCAUGAACAUUCUCAAAGCUUCCAUCCUGGCUACUGACCUCACCGUGUACCUCCAGGUUCGGACUCAGUUCUUUUCCCUCGUGGCUGACAACCAGUUCGACUUCAGCAACAGGAGCCACAGGGACCUUCUCCGCUCCCUGCUCAUGACUGCUUGUGAUAUUGCUGCCUCCACUAAACCUUGGGAUAUACAAUUCAAGGUGGCUAAGCUGGUGACCUCAGAGUUCUUCGAUCAGGGUGACCUAGAGAAGAGCAAACUCAAGAUUACCCCACCGGCUCUCAUGGACCGAGACAGGAAGCAUGAAUUGCCUCUCCUGCAGAUGCGUUGGAUCAAGGACAUCUGCCUGCCACUCUUUGAGGGUCUGGCCAAAGUGAUCCCCAAGCUGGCACCGAUGCGAGACGGGGCACUGAAGAACAUGGCCAAGUGGUCCAAGAUUGCAGCAGCACAGGAGAAUGGCGCCUGCGACCUACUGGAGCCCCCUGAGCCACAGCCAAGGGUUCCAGAUGGAUAGUCCACGUUGAGCUGCUGGAAGAACCAAGUCUGUUGUCUCCUGUAAGGCCACAGUGACUCAGCCCAGCAGUGAAGGCUAGCAAGGAUGCAAGUUUUGGGUGUUGUGGACAGUCAGUGCAGCCAGCAAGACAAAGCACACUUGUUUGAUAUAAUGGUUGUGAUAGCCUGUAAGUCUUACCAAGAGAUAAUCUAGACUAUAGCUGAGUGAGAGUUCUGAAGGUACUGGAAUACUACAGUGAGGGGCUGUACAGAGAACAGCUACAGUUUCAUGAUACACCUCACUCUAGCUAAGAUUAAUGACUGGUUGUGAAAGACUGUCAGCGUGAGGAAGGGGAAAGCCACGACGUCAUCAGGCUGCUCAUCCUAACACCCUUGCCCUCACUGCCCUGGCUUUGUCUCACCUUACCUGUUGCCUCUGCAGGGUGACUACAGGCUUGGUUCCUCCCCGACUUCUGACCCCUGUUAGAUGUCGGUAGUGCAGCUCAACUCAGUGUUAGUGUAAUACCCAGUGUUGUCGUAAUACCCGGUGUUGACAUCCCAACCCGUUGUGUCAGUCGUUAAUGUUGAUUGUUUGUUUACACAUUGUUGAUGAAUUGCACAUUUUCUUUUCUUUGGGUGAUUAAUUUCUGUUUUCAGGAAUAUUAGAGAUCAGUCUUAAUGAAACUCACUCAAGAAGUAAUGAUGAAGUGCUCUUAUGCCAAAAUUUAUGAAAAUUCUAAUAGUUAUAGUUUCUGUUCUGAACACAACUGAUAAGGUUAAGUUUUAAAGUAUUUAUUACCAGGAAUAUAUUAGGCAAUUGAUGGCAAAAAAUUCUAAUGUUAAUUAUACAAGUACUAUAAGAAGAAAACAUCCAUGAUCUGUGUGAAUAUUAACAUAGAUUAAGAAAUUUCUUAAAGUUUGCUUAUGACAACUCAACAUGAGCAACAUUGUAGCACAAACUCAAAAUUUAAAACUCAUUUUUGGAUUAGUGCAAACAUUACCAUUGAGAGAUCAGUGCUCCACUUAGUCCUCCUGUUGUCUCAAGCACAGCUCAUGACUGCUGCCUUCUGGUGUGACUUGGCAUGCUGUACAAGUCCGGUGAAGCCAGCCACUGUUACUUUGUGUGUCUCCCCUUGACUCUUUGGCCGCAGUGAGUGGAUGCCUUGUGCCACCAAGACUGCAUGGCGGCCACUCUGACGCUGCAGAUGAUAAAGAAGGAUUAAAAUAGUUUAUUUAAUAUAUUGCCAGUGGUGGCUACAUUAACAUAUUAUGUCCUUAUGAAGAUUAUUUUUGACAUACAGAGUUUCAGAAUUA